AUGGAGACUAGAACAAUUAAUAUAGAAUCUGUCGAUUCUACAAUACCACUGGUUUUUGUCAACGUUAAAGAAAAUCACGAAGUUUUCGUAGUACCCUCAGAUUAUCCAUAUAAACAUAACAAAAUCGGCUCUCCAGAUAACUCUUCAACACGAAAAUCAGUCCCAAAUAUAGAAUACACAGUACUCCCAAAAUUAGUCAAGACUCCAAGAAGAACGUUGGUGGCAUAUUGCCCACCAAGAAAUGAAGAGUCAGAAAAAACAUAUAAAGUUCCAUUUGAGGAAUUAUUUGGAGAAGAUGUUAGGUCGUUUUUGGAAAAUAACGAUCCAGAAGUCGACACACAUAAAAACUACUACACAGCACAGCUAAUUUCGGAGAAAUUCGUCAAGGAGAUUAAGAAGAAUAGAAGACAUUACAUUUUCUCAAAACAGUGGAAAAGGAACGCUUUAAACAAAUAUUUAAUAGACCACUUUGUAGAAAACUAUUCCAAUAAAUUAAGGAACAUAAAUCAGAAUUUCGUUACAACAUUUUUGAAAGAUCGGGAAUAUUCGGACCUUUUUGAGUUAAAAUCACCUAACAAAUCAAAGAAAUAUAAAAGCAGAAGUGAUGCAAAUAUUAAGGACUGGAGAAGGUUUAAUCCAUCAUACUUUAAACCAUUGAACGAGCUGCUGAAUGAUUACCACGAUUAUCUGUACAAAAAACAGGAAAAAAAUCGAAAGACAAAGCAUAUGGCAUCAUCAGUUUCAAGAUACUUUUUCGAGAUACUAGCUGAGGCUAAGGAGUGUGAAAGGAAAAUGUACGAGUGCGAACUUAUCGCAGAAGAAAAUACGUAUGGUAGACGCGAUUUCAUAUCAGAGUUCCACCGGGAAACUAAUAUGCUCAAGAAACGGUGGAGGAAAUUGUACACAGUAUCAUUGGCAUGCUUGAGAAGGUCAAUGGAUCCAAACAAAAGAGUAGUGAGAGGAAUGAAUAUGACACCAAGCAGAUCCAAUCAGAUCAAUAGAACAAGAUCAAGUGAAAAUGUUCCAGCACAAUCACCAUCACCCGAACUUGAAAUGCCAGAAAAUAAUCAACAUAUGGAAAUGUACCUAAAUAAUCGUAACGCAAACACUACACCUAUGGCACCAAUGAUGCAAACUCAAUCACAAAACUAUGAAAAUAUGAACUAUAACUAUACCGACGAUUACAAUAACCAAGAUUAUAACUCAUCUAGAGAAACUACAAUCCCAUUUGGAGUUUCAGUGUCAAAUAAUACAAACCCCAAGGAAGCUAGUUCGACACAAAUUAACAUGGAACAGCUUUCUGAAGAUGAGGAGAGAAAUUUAGACUCAAAAACAAGAUGUAAUGGGCCUAAUGCCAGUUCAAAUAACAAUAAUCAAGUUGACCAGUCGACAAUGACACCCUCAGUAACUUUGAACUAUAAUCAACAUGAUGCGGGUGAUUUGAUUCAAAGAAAUAACGUGCCAACCUCAACACCCAGAAGAAUACGUGAUCAUACAUCUUCUGGGAACUCAAUGUCAUCAUAUAAUGAGUUCGAACGUAACGAAACUUACUCAAACAGGGUGCCGUCUGGAGGAGUUAACAAGUGGAUAUACAGUAAGAUGGAGGAAAGAGGAGAAAUGGAAGGGUAUCACUUGGUCUUGCACGAGCUGGGGAUGUUAAUGUUCUCAGAUGGAACUCCCGUUUUGGGCUUUACUAGUGUUCCCCACCAGCUGGAGUGGCUAGACGAAACAGACACGAACCGAGUAAUAGUUCCUCCAAGCCAGGACAGUUUCAGAGAUGGGACUCUCUACACAACAUGCUGUUACUCUGAAAUUAAGCUCAUGAAGGUGCUCCAAAGCUCCUUGUACAUGCUCAGGACCUCAAAGAAUAAGAACAAGGACUUCCUCACAUUUGUGCUCGAACAGAUCCUCGAAGCAAACUCUGAGCUGUUUGAACUAAAGAAGAAACUUGAUAACGGCAGAUCUGCACUUUACAAAAAACUCAAGCUCCACUGGGCAGAAAGAAACUCUAAAUGGGGAGGAUUCCCGCCACUAAAGAGAGGAUACCGUUUGCUAAACAUGUUGGGGAAGGGAGGUUUUGCUGAGGUGUGGGAGGUUUUCGAUCCAAUCACCCUCACCGUCCAAGCUGCUAAGUUGCACAUUUUAUCACAUGAUAUGGACGCACAUGAGAGGGGAAACGUAGUAAUGCGAGUGAAGAAUGAGAUCGACAUACACAAGAACUGCAGAACUCACCCAAACAUAGUAAAUAUGAAAGCUUGUUUUGAAAUGGGGGAUAACAUGCUGGCUACGAUUUUAGAACUUUGUGAUGAUGGAGAUCUUGACCGGUAUAUAAAACUCCACGGCCCUGUGCCAGAGAAGCUUGCCGUAACAUGGACAUAUCAAAUACUACAGUAUCAUAAAAUAAAAAAUAAUUAUCUUAGGGGGUUGUAUUUCAUGAAAACGCUUCCCGAGGGGCGAGUUCAUCACUGCGACCUUAAACCUGGAAAUAUCCUGAACCACCGGGGGAACAUUAAGUUGGCUGAUUUCGGACUCUCAAAGGUGGUGAGACCUGAUGAAAAUGAAGUGUAUUGGGGAGGAGGAGGGACGAUUUGGUACCAGCCUCCUGAAUGCCUACUAGCCAACACAAAGCCGAACGUGAAAGUACCACUAACGGAUAAGAUUGAUAUAUGGGCGGUUGGUUGCAUUCUUUAUGAAAUGUUAUUCAACAGUCGACCGUUUGGAAAGUUCUGUAACAAAAGUUCUCUAUCGGAGCGAUUGUACAAGGAGGCUAAAUCGGGGGUUAAAUUCCCUCAAACAUAUAAAGUAUCGGAGGAUUGCAAGGUUCGUUUAUUCCUAGUCAGUGACCUUCAGAAACUCAUCCAAAGCUUCCUUUCAGUGGACCCAAAUGACAGGCCUUCUAUAGAAGAAGCUCUCAACUGUCCAAUUUUCUACUUUGAAUAA